CGCGCGUCCCCGUCGCACCGCCGCGCCAGAAGCGACACGCGGAGGCCCCGGGCGCCGGAGGAGGUGGAGGCAGUGGCGACACUCACGCACCUCGGAGGAGCGGUGUCCGCGGGCCGGGGAGCGCCAGCCGAGCGGAGAUGUCUGGCCAGAGAUUAAUUUCUAAUAGAACGUCCCAGCAAUCUGCACCUAAUUCUGAUUAUACCUGGGAAUAUGAAUAUUAUGAGAUUGGACCAGUUUCUUUUGAAGGACUGAAGGCUCAUAAAUAUUCCAUUGUGAUUGGAUUUUGGGUUGGUCUGGCUGUCUUCGUGAUUUUCAUGUUUUUUGUGCUGACUUUGUUGACCAAGACAGGAGCGCCACACCAGGACAAUGCAGAAUCUUCAGAGAAGAGAUUCAGAAUGAAUAGCUUUGUGUCAGAUUUUGGAAGACCACUGGAGCCAGAUAAGGUGUUUUCUCGACAGGGCAAUGAGGAAUCCAGGUCUCUCUUUCAUUGCUACAUCAAUGAAAUGGAACACUUGGAUAGGGCUAAAGCUUGUCAACAGACCACAGCCCUUGACAGCAGUGUUCAACUCCAGGAAGCCAUUAGAAGCAACGGGCGGCCAGAGGAGGAGCUGAACAGGCUCAUGAAGUUUGACAUCCCCAACUUUGUGAACACAGACCAGAACUCCUCCUUUGGAGAGGAUGAUCUUCUGAUUUCAGAGCCACCUAUUGUUCUAGAAAAUAAGCCAGUUUCCCAGACCUCACACAAAGACCUGGACUGAGAAACUACUCUGUAAAGCAUCUUCCUGAAGAUGUUGGGUGUGUCUUUGUAAAGCAAGAAAUCUCCAUUCACCAGAAUUGUUUGUGUGGGUGGGUGGGAGGGUUAUGAGAGAUACAGGAAGAGAGAAGAGAGUCCCCUCAGAAAAGAGCUGAAUAAGCUGAGUUUCUGUGCCUUUCAACAUAGUUCAGGCUUCUUGGGGAAAAAAGUUUACACAGUCUCAUCCUCCUUGUUGAAGAAUUUGACCACAUACUCUGUGUCAAUAUUUUUGAGUGGGGGUUAGCAUACUGCAUUCCAGUCUGGUCCUGCUACUACCAUGCUCUACCUUUAGCAAGUUGCUUUACCUCUCUGGGCUGCCACGUGGUUAACUGUAAUGUGAGGAAUCUGGAGUAGGUGAUUCAUCCCAGCUCUAAUAUUUUGUGAAUUUGAGACUUUGUAUCCAGAAGAGGCUGGGAUGUUCAUAAAGCAGUGUAAGCUAGGGGACUGCCUCCUAUCUCUUGUAGGAUCCCCCAUGUCUGUCCCUUCCAUGCAACCCUCAAGUGAAUCCAACUUUUAUCAGGAGGCUAAGCCUCGGUGGGGAUGUCAGAAGACUCAUCUCAGUCACUGUGGCCAAUAUUUCUGUUGGUUGUACUGAAUUAGCUCUUCUGAGACCCCCUGGCCACCCGUGCUAAACCCUACAGACGACAGCCUCGCCCCUCCUCUCCUAGAGUGAGUACCAAUCCAUAGUACAUUGCAUGACAUUCCUGUCCCCCAAAAUGUAGGGAAGGUUGUCAGCUGAGGUGGUAAAUGGGUUUUAAAUUCCCCAGCAACAGAUACGCAGAGUAACUGGGUGUGACACAGAGUUAAUUUCAUGAAGGAAUCCAAUCUGCAUGCUGGUAUUGGGAAAAACUUGGUUUUGCAUACACGGUUGCAUGCACAGCCAGCUGCUAAUCUCUGGGUGGCAUUUUCAUUAUGAAUUUGCUCACCACCUGUCUCGCUUAAGCUAAAAAAUAAAU